AAAAAACCCCGAAAACCCUAACUUCCUCUGGAGUAAAUCAACUCUCUAUCUCUCGAUGAAUCGACCUUUCGUAUUACGUUUUAUGGAUUUACGCAAGAGUAUCUAGGUUUUCAACGGAAAAAAAGGUAUGGCGGCAUCUGAGAAAGAGUUGGAGCUACAGUUAAUGGAGGCUGGAAACAGGCUCGUUGAACCCCCUUCAUCAGUUGAUGAGCUCAUCCCUCUUCUUGACCAAGUUGAGAGUUUUCUUUCAAGGGUGGAACAAUCACCGAGCCAAUCAAUGCAAAAUGCACUGUCUCCGUCACUUAAAGCAUUGGUUGCAGAGCACCUUUUCAGACAUCCUGACGAUGAUGUCAAAGUUGCAGUUGCUGCUUGCAUCAGUGAGAUAACAAGGAUAACUGCACCUGAUGCUCCUUAUGAAGAUGACCAAAUGAGGGAGGUGUUUCAACUGAUUGUGUCAUCCUUUGAGAAUUUAUCUGACAAGUCCAGCCGCUCAUUCAUUAAGAGGACCUCAAUUCUUGAAACUGUUGCGAAAGUCAGAUCAUGUGUGGUGAUGUUGGAUCUUGAAUGUGACGAUCUUAUUGUUGAGAUGUUCCAGCAUUUCCUUAAGGCAAUAAGGGAUUAUCACCCGGAGGCUGUAUUUACAUCAAUGGUGACUAUUAUGAGCCUUGUACUAGAAGAGAGUGAAGACAUCCCUAUGAAGCUGCUCUCCCCAAUCUUAACUAGUGUAAAGAAGGAUAAUGAGGAAGUUCUUCCUGUUGCUCAGAGUUUGGCUGAGAAAGUGCUCGAGAACUGUGCAUCAAAGCUGCAACCGUACCUGACCCAAGCUGUAGAGAACAUGGGAAUUUCUUAUGAUGAUUAUAGUAGUGUACUUGCUUCUGUAUGUCGAGCGACAGCCGGUGUUGUGGAACAGAAUGAUGCUGCCACUGGAAGACAUGUGGAUGAUGAAAGCAUACUAGUGGAGGCACCUUCAGAGAAGGCAGCCCAGGAGAAUAAACAGAUUCCUGAAGAGGCAGUUAAAACUGAACAAGUGGAUCUUGCAAAUGAAAAAUCUCCCAAGACAGUUUUUUGUAAUGGCACUAUGCAAACUGCUGAAGAGGACUCAUUGGCUGAUUCAAAUUCUGUAAAGAAGAAAGAGGGCGACCGUAUUGCCAAUAAGUCCAAAAAGGAUAAUUCAACUGUUGCCGAACCCGAUAUAUCAAAAGCCGAGGAAGUUGUCAAUUCAGAUCCUAAGUUAGAGCAAAGUACCCAGGAAAAGGAGAGGGAAUCUGAUUUAAAGUUAAAUGAACUUUCUGACAGCUCUCAUGUUGAUGAGAAGGCAGUUGAGGCCUUAAAAGAUCAUAAAAAUGACAGCAAGGAUGACGCUGGUUCACGUCGUGAGGUUGUAUCUGUUGAUGGGUUUGUAUCCUCUGAAAAUAGAAGAGAAACAGAUGUUCCGCAUUCCUCUCAAAAAGCAACUGAGGAAGAAUCAACUGAUGUUCCUCAUUCCUCUCAAAAAGCAACUGAGAAAGAAUCUACUGAUGUUCCGCAUUCCUCGCAAAAAGCAACUGAGGAAGAAUUGACUAAUGUUCCGCAUUCCACAAGGGCCCCAAGGUCUAAAAGGAAAGAGAGUGUGAGCAAGGAAACUGUCUCCUCUUUUGUUGAUGUCUCUAAGAAGGCACAUGAAACAACUAGUGAUUCAGAAGCAAAAACAAAUAGACGAGGAAGGAAAAAAGUUGCUACUGUUGUUUCCAAUGAGAAUAAUGCUCCAGUUGGUGUAGAUGAAACUAAGAAAGAAAGUGACACUGCAAAUGAUUCAGAGGCAAAAUCACUUAAGAAUUCAUCAAAGAAGGUAGAUUCUAACAGUAACAAUGCAGAUGAAACUAAGAAAGAAAGUGACACUGUAAGUGAUUCAGAGGCAAAAUCACUGAAGAAGUCAUCAAAGAAAGUCGAUCUUAGUGGUGACAAGGCAGAUGAAUCCACUUCAAGGCAGCUGACAGAUAGUAAAAGACGAGCUCGGGGAAAGGUUGUUCCAGAGAAGGAUAGAACGAAAACUUCCACCAAGAAUGAUGAAGAGGAAGUGGUUGGAUCUCCAAAAUCACCGAAGCCAAACAAACAAGAUUCUCAUAUGGAGGAGACCCCUAAGGCAAAUUCCAAGAGAAAGCUUACCCCAAGUAAAGAAAAAGCUUCUGAUUCUAUGGAGUAUGGUGAGAAUCUUGUCGGCUUGAAGGUGAAGGUCUGGUGGCCUGCAGACCGUGAGUUCUAUGUAGGUUUUAUUCAUUCAUUUGAUCCCUCAAAAAAGAAGCACAAGGUGAACUAUAUUGAUGGUGAUCAAGAAAUUUUAAAUCUUAAGAGAGAAAAGUGGGCGGUGAUUGAAGAUGAGUCUGGGUCAGAUGAGGAAGGCGCAGAUAAUCAUCCAAGUCCUGAUGGUUCAUCUGACAUGCCUCAAGGGAAGAAAGCAAAAACAUCUGAUCUCUUGAGCAAGAAAGCUAAGACGGAUGCUUCACCAAAAAGGGGCGGAGGAACUUCGACUGGGAAAUCCAAGGGUGCUGCCAUGAAGUCUAGUCGCAAAACAAAGGAUGAAGCUAAAAUGGAUGGGAAAUCCAUAGAUGGGUCCAAGAGUGCGACUAAAUCAGACAAUGACGGUGUUGCUAAAUCCAAGGAUCAUACCCCCAAAACUGGUAUUAAAUCAGUUGAUAUAGCUUCUAAAGUAAGUAACAAGUCCAAGAAUGAGAACAGUGGUGAUACACCAAAGUCUACAAAAUCCAAGGAUGAUGGAAGUGCCACACCAAAAGCUUCCGCAAAGUUAAAGCAAGACGCUUUAAAGACAGCCAAGUCGAAGCAGGAAACCCCAAAAGUUUCCCCCCUUUCUAAGAGUAAACCUCUUAAAAGUGGUGGCAAAUCCAAUGCUAAUGGCACUGUUAAGUCAAAAUCUGAUGCAUCAAAGUUGAAAGAAAGUGAGAGCACGAAAGACAACUCAAGUGAUUCAGCAAAAGUUGUGGGAAGUGCAAAGCGGAAAGCAUCAAGUUUGUCCAAGGCACGGGGAAGUGAUUCCAAGUCUGGAAAAAAGCGGCGAAGAUGAGCUAAAAGUAGGGCAUCAACUGCAUUGUCAUUGCCGAGGUUUGCUUCUUGCCGAAUGUGGAACUUGGCUGAACCUCUAGUAUUUUGCAGCCAGUCUUAAACGUGUGGAUGGUGGGCCAUGCAAUUGGUAUUUAACCUAGUUAGGUUUGUGGGUAGCAAAUAUUCGUAGUUAGUGUUUUUCUUGUUCUCAUGUUAUUGAUGUGGGCAUUAGGAUUACAUUGGGUUAGCCUUUUUCUCCUUGUACCAAAGUGUUGCUUCUAUAGAUUAACAUAGUAGAUUCGAGAAACUUUGUGGAAGCAGUGGUCGCGU